AUGCACUUUCAGUCGCGUGUAUCCGCAACUUCCGUCCAUGAACUUCUCUUUGCCGACGACCGCGGUGAUCUCAACGCCACCACAGAAGCGGGCAUACAAAGGAGCAUCGACCUCUUCGUCGCCGCCGGUUACAUCUUCUGCCUGGUCAUUAACACGGAGAAGAUGGUGGUCAUGCACCAAACGCCACCAACCCAGUCCCUCCUCACAAUGCGCCGCAGAUCGGUGUGA